UAUAGAGGGCGCUCUUCAAAAACGAUUGACCGACAACAAAAUCCCAAACAGGCGUGCGUCAAUCUUGAUGUUUUCCGUCGUUAGGUACCGUUUGUUUCCCAGAAUUGCAGGCUUCAUCCACAGUGCAUCACACAGGAUGGCAGACUACAGGCCCAGGCCGUGCGUCCUAUGUGGGCCCUCUGGCUCCGGCAAAAGCACCUUGAUCAAGAGGCUUAUGGAGGAGUACAAAGACUAUUUUGGAUUCUCCGUCAGUCACACAACAAGAAAACCAAGGCCCGGAGAGCAAGAUGGAGUCCAUUAUCACUACACAACUCGGGAAUGGAUAGAGAAUGCUAUCAAAAAUGAUGAGUUCAUAGAAACAGCCGAGUUCUCAGCAAAUCUUUACGGAACAAGUAAAAAGGCUGUUCAAGAUGUACUGAAUAACAACAAGAUAUGCAUCUUAGACAUUGAUUUGCAAGGCGUCCUCCAGAUACAAAAGACCAAUCUCAAGCCCAUAUACAUCUUCAUCAAGCCACCUAACAUGGAAGUUCUGGAGGAGAGGUUGCGGAAUCGCAAGACAGACACAGAGGAGGCGAUCCAAAGGAGGCUAGACAUAGCGAGGAGAGAGAUGGACUACAUUCAACAACAAAAAGAAUUGUCCAACUCCGAUACUCACAUCGUCGUGAAUGACGACGUCGAAAUCGCCUACGAGAAACUCCGUGGAAUACUCAGCAGUGUACUUGCAACUCUCAAGGAUCUCAAGUACAAGCAGAAAUCGCUCAUCGACCCCCCGUAAAGGCCCAUAAAAUGAAGUAAAAUCCUAAGAAAUCUCAUUUUUGCACAUUAGAGUCUUUGUAGACAUGAUAGAGAAAAAAAUAUUGAGCUGGGUUUUUUAUCUGAAUAUGUUGUAUAGCCAAAUAAAGCUUAUUUUGUUUUUUUUCGUAAAAAAAACGUGUUUUGCUUUAUUGUUAAAUAUAGUGCUAAGAGAAUUUGCUUGUUUAGAACGGGCCUGACCAUGGAUUCCGCUCUGGCCCUUUUCAGCGACCAGGCCCCCAGCUGGUUUUAAACGCACUUGUGUAAUACCGGCCAAGCAAAUAUUUAUUCCCAGUCAUAUUUAUAUCCAAAAUUCAAAACAAGUCGAAAUUUAUAAAUUUCCAACGAUGUUGUUCAACACUUUCAGUUUGUGUUUUGUGAAACACCUCUCUACUUAUGUAUGGUUAUGGUAUGUGCCUCGUGGGAGAACUAAAAAUCUCCUUAUAUGGAGGUUGGCACAUGCGCGUGGCACACACUGUGUGAUGUGGCGCAGAAUGCAGCGGUGUUUUACAAGCAGUUUAAAACCACCCACGUCACGGUCUCUCGACCAAUAGGAAUGGGUAAAGUGUCUCAGGUAUUUGUGAAUAAGGAAUUUCAGGUCGCUGCAUUGAUUUCUUUUCCGUAAUAUCAACCAAAAUUGCGAGGACCAUGUAGAAGCGACAAAAUAUUAUGUGCUGUCGUCAAUCCAAUGGGCAACAGAAGUUUGGAAGAAUAAUAUAAAAAGAUUAGCGAGAAGUUUUUAAGCUUUAUAUAAUUGGCACAACUUUUCCACCAAGUUACGAAGCAGCACAGAAGUUGAACCCAUUGUUUUUCAGUGUACUGUAUCAAUACAUGUAGUAAGGUUUUUUUUUAUAACUUGUACGUUGUUCUUUGUCUACACUCGUUUUCUUAUGUUUUUUCUUCAUUUGUGUGUGUGUGUGUUUUUUAGUGUAACACUGUGCUUUGCAAUGAGAAGUUAACUACAAAAAGCGAAGAAAAAUAUUUUUUGAAACAAAUUCUUACGAACUGCAUUUGAAAAGUCAAUUUAUUUGGAAGAUUACCCUUUCUUUGGUUUAUGAAAAAAGUUUAGUGUGUACAUGUUAAAACGUGCUAUCGAACACAAGGUCUAACCAAUGUUUAUUUUCUACGUAUUGGUAAAUAAAUUAUCAAAUGGGCGAAUGUAGCUAUGUGAAUGAAUUUAGCCUAUGAUAUCUGUAGGAAUAAAACUUACAUUGUAAAGUGGUUAUUAUAAUGCUGGUGUGUGAAAUAUAUGUAUAGUAUGCCCUAGAAUGUGAAAAGGUUGCUUUAUAAGUACAUAUUUUAUCAUCCAUAAAAUGUAAUGGCGUUGAAGCUUUACGAAAACAAAUAUAGUCUCAUUUUUUUUUUUUUAAGUUUUGUG